UUAUCCUAACUGCAGGUUAUGCGCUACGUUUAAAACGGGUGAUGGUCGUCACUGCCUUGCCUCAUCGGUGGCAACAACCGUGUGUGUGGCAAUCGAUGGAGCUCCAAGCUAUCACUCGAACUUCUGUUCGAGGAGGUAACCUUUUCUUCCCAGCUCAAAAGUGGAAGAAUCAUAACAGAUUUAUUUCAAAUGUCAAAGCUGUGGGCCACAGGUUGAUUCUGAAGUAUACAGGAUCAAGGAGAUGUUCCUCAAAAAAAUUUGGAACCUCAAUUUGUUGUUCUAUUGGGGUGGAUAAGGAAUCCUCUGUACCUCCCAGUUCCCAACUAGCUGAGGCAAAGUUGAUUUAUUCUGUAGCUCCUGCCUUGGGCCAUAAUCAGGAGUCGCAUCCAGAAUGUAAUUCUAGAGUUCCUGCAAUUGUAAGUGAACUUGAAAAGAUGGAGCUUACUCCAAAGUUCCGUGGAUCGGAGGUCAUUGAACUACAAAAUUUCAGAACUGCUUCUGUUGAUGAUAUUGCAAGUGUUCAUGCAAGAGCUUAUGUGUCAGGACUCCAGAAGGCUAUGGAUCAAGCUGUAGAGCAGGGUAUUAUCUUUAUUGAUGGGUCUGGGCCUACUUAUGCCACCGCCACUACAUUCAAGGAAUCACUAACUGCAGCUGGAGCUGGAAUUUCCUUGGUUGAUUCAGUGGUAGCAGCAUCAAAAAUAAGACGGGAACCUCCCUCAGCUUUUGCCUUGAUUAGACCUCCAGGUCAUCAUGCUGUUCCAAAGGGGCCCAUGGGGUUCUGUGUUUUUGGAAACGUGGCAAUUGCAGCUCGCUAUGCUCAGCGUGUACAUGGAUUGAAGCGUGUCUUUAUCAUUGAUUUUGAUGUUCACCAUGGAAAUGGAACUAAUGAUGCAUUCUAUGAUGACCCAGAUAUAUUCUUUCUUUCUACACACCAAGAUGGAAGCUACCCUGGAACUGGAAAAUUUGAUGAGGUAGGUCAUGGAAAUGGUGAAGGAACAACACUAAAUUUGCCCUUACCAGGAGGUUCAGGUGAUAUAGCCAUGCGAACUGUGUUUGACGAAGUCAUAGUACCAUCUGCUCAGAGGUUCAAACCAGACGUAAUUCUCGUCUCAGCAGGUUAUGAUGGGCAUGUAUUGGAUCCGUUAGCCAAUCUGCAAUUUACAACAGGAACAUACUACAUGCUUGCGUCUAACAUCAAACAACUAGCCAGAGAUCUAUGCGGUGGUCGCUGCGUAUUCUUUCUGGAAGGAGGAUAUAAUCUCAGUUCUCUUUCAUAUUCAGUUGUUGACUCAUUCCGAGCUUUUCUUGGGGAACCUAGUUUGGCCACAAAGUUUGAUAACCCAGCCAUCUUGUAUGAAGAGCCACUUGCCAAGGUAAAGCAAGCAAUUCAGAGAGUCAAGCACAUACAUUCUCUCUAAAGUGUCUACUUGAAUUUUUUGUAAUACAUUAGUCAUAAGCUAAAUGAUCUAUUCUUAGGAUGUUGUAAACUGUUCUGGUACUUCAUCUGAUAUCUCAUUACGAGUACAUUUUUAGUUUACAUGUAAUGAAAUGAAACUAGUAUCAGUUAAUGU